UCAGAAACAGUGAAAUUUGGUCGGCUUUUCUCCUCGGCAUCAUGAGAAAAAUACUUUGUGUUUUAAUCCUUGGCCUCCUGGUAGCACAAAUUUGUGCUAGACCCAAGGACAAAGACAAAGAUGCCGCUGAUAAAGCCAAAGAUGCCGCAAAGGACGCCGCAAAAGAUGGAAAAAAAGCUGCUGAAGAUGCUAAAAAAGAUGCCAAAAAAGGUGCUGAAGAUGUUCUAAAAGGCGCCGAAAAAGCAGCCAAAGAUGCCAAAAAACAUAAACCCACGCCGGCUCCAGGUGAUGAUAACGACGAUGAUGACGACUGUCCGCCGACUACCACGCCUAAACCGCAUCAGCAUCACAGACACCGACAUGGACAUGGCCAUGGCCACCAUGGCCAUAUCGCCGAGGUUCCUAUUAAGAUAGCUGAGGAUAUCGUUGAUGAAGGUUUUGGUUUCAUGGACAGUUUCGCUGAUUCUCUUCCUUUUUAA